AAAAAAAAAUUGUAUCCCUUGACACGAGCUAACAUAAAAGGGAGCGAGAGGAAGAGGAAACCAGUAAUCAAGAAAUGGAUUCUUGCAAUAUCUUCAUAAACCUUUUGUUAACCAUCACACUUUGCUUCUUCACCCUCCCUGCCGGAGCACAAAUUGUCUAUCUGUACACGUAUUGUCCAAACUCAACCACUUACCCAGUAAACAGUAUCUAUGAUAGAAAUCUCAAUUCCCUGCUCUCUUCACUUUCCUCCAAUUCCACGCAAAAGAAUGGAUUCUACAAUACCACCGCUGGUCAAGACCCAUCCAACACGGCCUACGGCCUCUACCUCUGUCGUGGGGAUGUUGCCAUGGACGUCUGCCAAGAUUGUGUAGUGACUGCAAGCAAAGAGAUCGUUCGAAAAUGCCCCAGAAACAACGAAUCCGUCAUAUACUAUGACGAGUGUAUGUUGCGUUAUUCCAACAAAUCUUUCUUCUCUCAAGUGCAGUAUCGUCCCUGGUUACCAAUUUUGAACACCCAGAAUGUAAGUGAGGUAGAGAGAUUCAUGAGGUUGUUGGAGAAAACAAUGAAUGAUACAGCCGCAAGGGCAGCAAAUGAUCAGUCCGGCUCCGGCAAGAAGUUUGCCACCGGAGAAGUGAAUUUCACAAGCUUUCAGUCUCUGUACACACUUGUGCAGUGUACGCCGGAUUUGUCAGCUCAGGCGUGUAAUUCUUGUCUUCACGAGGCCAUCGCUAGGCUUCCCAGUUGCUGUGAGGGAAAGAGAGGGGGCAGGUCUAUAUUCCCUAGCUGUAACGUUAUAUAUGAACUGUACCAGUUUUAUCGAGUUGAGGCGACCGCCCCAGCGCCGUCUCCGGUACCAGUGCUUCUCCCUCCAGCUCCAAGGUCUAGAGGGAAAAGUCAGAUUUCUACGGGAACCAUAAUUGCUAUUGUUGUUCCAACUGUCAUCUCUGUUCUGGCUUUUGCCAUUGGCUGCUGUUUACUAGUAAGAAAAUCACGGAAGAAAUUCAAUACAACUCUAGAAGAUCAAAGUGUUGGGGGUGAUAUUUCAACUAUAGAGUCCUUGCAAUUUGAUUUUGGUGUCAUAGAAGCUGCCACAAACAAGUUUUCUUACGAUAACAAGUUAGGUGAAGGUGGAUUUGGAGUGGUUUACAAGGGCAUACUUCCUAAUGGACAGGAAAUUGCUGUGAAAAGGCUGUCUUUAUACUCAGGGCAAGGUCUAGAACAAUUUAAGAAUGAGGUUGUAUUGGUGUCCAAGCUACAACACAGAAAUCUUGUGAGGCUAUUGGGAUUUUGCGUGGAAGGAGAAGAAAAGAUACUCAUCUAUGAAUUUGUGCCCAACAAAAGUCUUGACUACUUCCUAUUCGAUCCUGAAAAACAAGGACUGUUAGAUUGGUCAAGACGUUACAAGAUUUUAGGAGGGAUAGCUCGAGGAAUUCUUUAUCUCCAUGAAGAUUCUCGGCUUAGAAUUAUACAUCGUGAUCUCAAAACUAGCAAUAUAUUGCUAGAUGCAGAUUUGAACUCCAAAAUUUCAGAUUUUGGAAUGGCGAAGAUUUUAGGAGUAGAUCAAACUCAGGACAAUACAAACAGGAUUGUCGGAACAUAUGGUUAUUUAUCUCCUGAGUACGCUAUGCACGGUCAAUAUUCUUUGAAGUCUGAUAUCUAUAGUUUCGGUGUUAUUGUUCUGGAGAUUAUAAGUGGCAAGAAGAUUAGUUCUUUUGAUCAAUCAGACGAUGCUGAGGAUCUCUUGAGCUAUGCAUGGAAACACUGGAGCAAAGGAACAGCCUUGCAAUUUAUGGAUGAGGCUUUAAUGGAUUCAUAUUCGAAAAAUGAAGUGAUCAGAUGCUUACAACUUGGUUUAUUAUGUGUUCAAGAAAAUCCAGCUAAGAGGCCUACAAUGGGAACAAUAGUUCUUAUGCUGGAUAGUUACUCUGUUGCUCUUCCAAUGCCUCAGAAACCAGCAUUUUUUCUUCACAGUGGAACAAAUCAGUGGAAAGAAUUGGGACCCAAUCAAACCGCAAGCAAGUCAAUGCCAUGUUCCGUGGAUGAGGCCUCCAUCACUGAGGUAUACCCUCGGUAGAAAUGAGCAAAUAUAGGCUCACACAGAAUUAAUAAGCUUUUGAAUUGUACUAUUUUCUGAAAACUUUUAUUUGGAAAAACCAUAUAUGGUUUUUGUCGCAACAGAAUUGGAAAAUGUAUGUGAUAUUAUGCCUUUCCCAUAUAAUGAGAUGAAAUGUAACGCUGUUA